AUGUCUACCCCAAUUCGAGUCGCCGCCUGCCACGUCUCGCCUAUCUUUCUCUCCGCGCGACGCACAACCGAAAAGGCAAUCUCCCUCAUUCACCAAGCAUCCAGGAACAAAGCAAACCUCAUUGUCUUCCCAGAGACCUACAUCCCAGCGUUCCCUAUCUGGUCCUCCCUGCGCGCUCCCUUUGAGAACCACGACCUCUUCAAGUCCAUGGUGCAGGAAUCCGUCCACAUUGACGGCGAAGAAGUCGACGCUCUCCGCUCCACGGCAAAGAAGCUCAACGUGCUGCUUAGCGUCGGCAUUUCUGAAAAGGCCCGCUACAGCAGCGCGACGCUUUUCAAUACUAACAUCAUCAUCGGUACUGAGGGAGAGAUCCUAGUCCAUCACCGAAAACUCAUGCCAACGUUUUUCGAAAAGUUGACGUGGGCGCCCGGAGAUGGCUACGGCCUGCGCGUCGCAGAGACGCGAUUUGGAAAGAUUGGGAAUCUCAUUUGCGGGGAGAACACAAACCCGCUUGCGAGAGCAGAUUCACAUCUCCACAUGGCCUGCGAUAUGGCCGACGAGAGUUCCGAAAUCCGAGGAGACAAGCUCUCGAGAGGGCUCAAGCGCAGCUAA